CUCCCUUCUGCUCACCUCCUCCCAGCAUUUCCCUGCACUAUCUGAUCCAUCGGGCCCUUCCUUGCUCAGAUCUGGAGGACUCAGGCCUGUGAGCGAGGGCCCAAUUGUAGAAAGCCGAGCCGCCCUCGUGAAGGGAGCAGCAGGAACAGAACCCGUCCAACUCAGGUGUCAGCCUCCUGCGGGCCUGGGCGAUGGGAAACGUGAUGGAGGGGAAGUCAGUGGAGGAGCUGAGCAGCACCGAGUGCCACCAGUGGUACAAGAAGUUCAUGACCGAGUGCCCCUCCGGCCAGCUCACCCUCUACGAGUUCCGCCAGUUCUUCGGCCUCAAGAACUUGAGCCCCUCGGCCAGCCAGUAUGUGGAGCAGAUGUUUGAGACCUUUGACUUCAACAAAGACGGCUACAUCGACUUCAUGGAGUACGUGGCGGCGCUCAGCCUGGUCCUCAAGGGGAAAGUGGAACAGAAGCUGCGCUGGUACUUCAAGCUCUACGACGUCGAUGGCAACGGAUGCAUCGACCGCGACGAGCUGCUCACCAUCAUCCGGGCCAUCCGAGCGAUUAACCCCUGCAGCGACUCGACCAUGAGUGCGGAGGAGUUCACCAACACCGUGUUCUCCAAGAUUGACGUCAACGGGGAUGGGGAGCUCUCCCUAGAGGAGUUCGUGGAGGGCGUCCAGAACGACCAGAUGCUCCUGGACACGCUGACGCGAAGCCUGGAUCUUACCCGCAUUGUGCGCAGGCUCCAGAACGGCGAGCAAGAUGGGGAGGCGGCUGGCGACCAGCAAGAUGAGGAGGGGGCUGGCGGCGGGGCGGCUGAGGCAGCCGGCUGA